AAUAACGAAUACGCGCGAGAGACUUCGCUUGCUGCUGCGAGCAAAACGCCCCAGGAGUUCGGAGGGUGCCCAGCGGUGGCGAGCGUGCCCGACGGGAGGGAAGCCUUAUAAUAUACAUCGGGCCAGACCGCGUCGAAGAACGGGGUGGGGAACCCCGCUCGAGAAGGAUGCGAGUCACCGCGCGUUGGAUGCUCUCCGUUCUCCUUGCGGCACUCGCGGACUGCUUGGAGUACGAGACGCUCUGGGGACCAAAGAACCCGCACACAAAAUGUUACGAUGCUGUAGGAUACCAUCCGUGCAAAGUGGCGGCGGCCGGGUCGAAGUGGCAUUUCGACAUGCAGACAAAGAACUGCCUGAAGAGCCAGUUUUGCGCCGAAGACAACAACAACUUCCACACCAAGACGGAGUGCGAAUACGCCUGUCCUGCUUAUUCAUUCUGCCUGUUCGAGAAAGCUGAAGUUGCUUGUGCCAACAGUACUGGGCAAAGUCAAUGGUAUUUUGACCAGCAUACCAGUCGGUGCAAGAAAUCCGUGAAAUGCGUCACAGGAGGCAAUGCUUUCAUUUCGAGAUCGGAAUGCGUCUCGAAAUGCCGAGCAGUCGAUGUGUGUGAUGCACCAAGACCAGCGGAGAUUUGCGACAGUGGACAACGAACUGUUUGGUACUAUGACAAAGACAAAGGAGACUGUAUCAAGGACGUUAACUGCCACAACAGAGGCAACAACUUCCCUAGCCUGAAAGAGUGCCGGAGAGUUUGCACGAGACGUGUAGCACCAGUGCUUAAGCCCAGCAAGGUCUGCUACACGUUUCCCCCAACGCAUGGCUGUGGUCGAUUGGCCGAGAGGUGGGUCUACAACCUGGACUCCAAAAAAUGCGAGCGUAUGUUCGUCUGUCCCAAGUCUGGUAACAGCUUCAUUCGGAGGAGCAACUGCGAAUACAGCUGUCCAACAGAGGCCUACUGCAGUUACCCGAAGCCGUCCCUGGAUCCUGCCUGUGCUAACCACCCUCCUGCGAAACACACCUGGUACUACAACCCGGAAACGCGCGAGUGUCUAUUGGGCGCCGCCUGCCACUUGGCCAGGGGCAACGCUUUCCCCACCCGUGAAAGGUGUAGCCGGAUCUGCAGAAGCCGGGACGUAUGCUUCGAGCCCCCGAACCCGCCUCUGUGUCCGGGAAAGGAGAAGACCGUGUACAUCUACGAUGCGGUGAAGAGAAAAUGCGAGAAAUCUCGAGGGUGCCAUUUUCGCGGCAACAAUUUCCCCACUGCAGAGGAAUGCAGCAAAACCUGCGAACGACAUCGCUCUCCCGAGGACUGCCACCAUUGGCCGAACCGCGGACCGUGCUACAACUUCCAUUUCAAGUGGUACUUCGACCCGUACCACAAGGACUGCUUCCAGUUUCUGUAUGGCGGUUGCAAUGGUGGUCCUAAUCUAUUCGACUCUAAAGCAGAGUGCGUGGGAGUUUGUGUUCGUGAAUAUCUUUGACAGCACUUCAAAACAAUAUCAGCUGGUAAAACGACGCUGACUUGGUGAGAUGGAAGAUAAUAAAAGUUAAUUUAUAUUGGUUGCCUGUA